AUGAUCGGGGAUAAACCAGAAGCGGAUUUCUCUAAACUUAUUGUGGAUGCAUCUGAGGCUCCACACCUAAUUUGGAAAUUUGAAAAGGGCAUCAUUAGCAAUUUUGAAUCAAAUAAUAAGUUUGAAUCUGAUUCUAUCGAGUCUGUAGAGUUGGAGUCAGAUUCGAGUUCUUCUGAGUCUAGUAUUUCCAAGAGUGAUUUCAGAAGCAGGCUUCAAUCACCUCUUGGAAACAACUUCACAGGAAAUACCUUUGUUCUUACUUCAAUCUCAUGCUUGGUGAAAGACCUACUGGAACAACCCCUUCACAUCACCAUUCAAAAAAUUCAAGAAGCAAAAGAUAUCAUCACUGAUGAAUACAUUAAACUCUACACGAAAGCACUUGAAUCCUUUGACAAGUUCUUCCCCUCCAUGCGCGAAUCGACAAUAGUGACCGAUUGGUUGAAAUUCCCUCUCCACGCACUUGAUUUUGGUUGGGAAAAGGUUUCGAGUGUAGCUUUCUUGAUCACUCUUGUCUCAGACACUGCAUUCCUGAUGCCAAAUCUUGAAGAUUCUGAUGAAGGGUUCCUGGUAAGAAUUGGAAUUGAAGGACAACAUGUUCAAAGUUUCAUUGGCUUCUCCAAUGACUUCAAUUAG